UCGGAAAAAAUAAAAUUGCUAUACAAUUACUUGGAGGCGUUGCAAUUUAUUCACAGAAUUACCAAUGUCAUCCUUCGUCAUUGAAUUUGAUUGAUAUUCUUCUAUAUAUGAAUAUUUUGGAUGAACCACGUCGGAAGUGGAAGUUUCAUGAACAAUCGCGAUCCAGAAUUGAAGCUUUCUUGAUUAUUAAGAUAGAAAAAGGAUAGGAUCGUUUCUUGGUCCGUGUUUGUUUCCCAAGACUAUAUCUGAAUAACCUCUCUCCGUCUUUAAGUUUUCCGUGCAGAGGAGUCCGUUAACUCUGAGGCGCAAUCGUAUUCUUUGUGCCUUAAUUUGACCGAGAAAAAAAAAAAAACUGUUGUACGUGAUUUCAGCGGGAAUUUUAAUCAGAAUUUCAUGCGAUCCUGCUUCAAUUUCGUUUUUGAUCACCAGCAGUUUGUCUGAUUGGUUCAUUAGGUUGUUUAAAACUAUAAUUCAAUCUGGUUCAUCUCCACGCCUUCUGAAUAUUUGAAAUGAGAAGUUAACGGUUAUGCGUGGAGUGAUUGAAGACGACGGAUGAAUAUGACCAUUUCAAUUAGCAUUGUCUGAGAAGCGUGUUUGAGUCUUCUAUGUGAUGGUAGAGAGAGAUCUUCUCUGCUAUGAGCUUUUGUUUCUAUUGAAUUCGGUCACUUUUAUGAGUUUAAUUUGACGUGGGUUUAGGCGGUAAUCCUUGUGUAAUUGUGCAGAUGGAUUUGUGACAGUGGAAUUGGUUAAAUUCUGAAAUGGAUAACCUUGAACUUCCUCAAACAAGGUUGUGGAUCCUUUGUUGAUGUAGACCGCGAAGAUCGUUGCCUAUCAGGAGUGCCAGAUGAACCUGUCACAAUGAACGGGGAAGAAGUUGUAUUUGUCAAUGGUUGCUCGACGGAGGACAUUCUCUGAAGUUGUGAGCAUCGUCAAGUCAUGGAUUCCUUGGCCACCUCAAUCUGAGUCGACAAAUGUGUCCAGGGUUUUUUGGAUGGCCAAAAACAGUUGUACAGUAUGCUAUGGGUGUGAUUCCCUAUUCAACUUAACUAAUCGCAGGCACCAUUGUCGUCAUUGUGGCAAAAUUUUUUGUGCCAGCUGUACCUCAAACUUAGCUCCUGCUCUAUCUAGCGACCAAAGGAACUUGUCGGAUGAGAGGGACAAGGUUCGGGUAUGCAAUUUUUGCUACAAGCAAUGGAAGCAGGGCUUAGCUAGUUGUAAUAGUAAUAAUCAGGUCCUCAGUUUGGAUCAUAGUUCUUCAGCAUCAACUUCAAGCUUUAUCAGUACCAAAUCUGUUGUCACCGCUAAUAGUAGUAACAAUAUUGUUUGCUCCCUUCCCGUUUCGGUUGGUUGUUAUCAACAAGGGCAACAAUCUGGUGUGAGCCUACAUCGAUCAUCUAUGAAAUUAGAAAGUCUUGAUAGGGAAAUUUUAUCAGCACUUAGGAGGGAUCUUGUGGCAAGCCUUGGGAAUUCAUCAUUAAAGCAAUACGAAUACUCAAUGAAAGGGAGCGGUGAUGAAGAGGAUGAUUACAGUGUGUAUCAGUCAGCUUCUGAAAUGAGGCAUUAUUCAGGAGUCGGUGGCUACUAUGGUCAAGCUGAUUUUGAUGGAAUUAACGACAUUGAUGGAUCACAAGUGCAUCCUGAUGAAGAUAACAUCAAUACAGGAGUUCUAUGCAACUCUUUUGAGCACCAAUACUUUGACAUGAGGGGUUUGGAUGAAAUCCCGGCUAUCAUAAAAAAUGAAGAUGAGCCUGAUAUGUUUGAUGAAAACGAAGCACCUUCUUCUUUAUAUGUUUCAGCAGAUAUUGAUGCUGAACCCUUAGAUUUUGAAAAUAAUGGACUUCUCUGGCUCCCUCCUGAACCGGAAGACGAAGAAUAUGAACGAGAAGACAUGUUAUUUGACAAUGAAGAUGAUUAUUAUGGGAAUGACAUAGGAGAGUGGGGGUAUGCUCACUCACCAAGCAGCUUCGAAAGUGGAGAGGACCCGAAUAGAGAUUCGUCAUGUGAGGAACAGAGAAUGGGCACAAGCAAUGUAGUUGAUGAACAUUUUAGGGCCCUGGUAGCACAGCUGUUACUAGUUGAAAACCUACCAGUUGAAGAAAAUGAUAACAACAGUUGGUUUGAAAUCAUCACUUCUCUAUCAUGGGAGGCUGCUAGGUUAUUGAAACCAGAUACAAGCCAAAGUGGUGGGAUGGACCCGGGUGGAUAUGUGAAGGUCAAAUGCAUAGCAUGCGGGAGCCGCAGCGAGAGUGUGGUUGUUAAAGGAGUUGUCUGUAAGAAAAAUGUGGCUCAUCGGCGAAUGAGAUCAAAAGUAGAUAGACCUCGCUUGUUGAUCCUUGGAGGGGCGCUUGAGUAUCAGCGUGUUACCAAUCUCUUGACUAGUGUAGAUACCCUAUUGCAGCAGGAAAUGGAGCAUUUGAAGAUGGCGGUGGCAAAAAUAGCUACACAACAACCUGAUAUCCUUUUGGUGGAGAAAUCAGUUUCUCGAUACGCACAGGAAUAUCUUCUUGCACAAGGCAUAUCAUUGGUUCUCAAUGUCAAAAUGUCAUUUCUGGAGCGCAUAGCACGCUGUACGGAAACUCAGAUAGCACCUUCAGUUGAUCAUCUAUCAUCGCUGAAGUUGGGCAGCUGUGAAACAUUUCGUGUGGAAAAGUUUAUUGAAGACCUAGGUAGUGCUGGUCAUGAAGGGAAAAAAUCUGCAAAGACGUUAAUGUUUUUUGAAGGCUGUCCUAAGCCGUUGGGUUUCACGAUUUUACUUCGAGGUGCUGACAAGGAUGAACUGAAGAAGGUAAAGCAUGUGGUACAGUAUGGAGUUUUCGCAGCUUACCAUUUGGCCAUGGAGACAUCUUUUCUUGCUGAUGAAGGAGCCUCACAAACAGAGUGUCCUUUGAAUGGUCCAAUACCUGUGCCCAUUCCAGAGAAAUCACCGGUCAUUGAGAGGUCCAUCUCAACAGUGCCUGGUUAUCCCAUUCCUGGCAGCGAAAAGUCUCUGGGACCUGAACUUGGCACUGAACUACAGAGAGCCAAAAGCAUCUCAAUUGCUGAGCUUGCCUCACUUAUUGGCGGUAAAGAGACCUCCUUGUCUUAUGCUCCUUAUUCAUCUAUGCCACCAGGUUCAAGUUACAGCAACUCAACUACCUUUUACCCCUCUUCUUUUCCUUCAUCAACUUCAAUGUCCUAUUAUGAGAAGCCUCUUACAAGUGAAGAUAUAAAUAAAAUGGAAUCUAAAAUAUCUCUCAUGUCGGGAACUUCUGUAAUGAACUGUUCUCUUGAAAUUAUGGAUAAUCAUCCUUCUCCUUCUGUAAAUGAAUAUUGGACUUCAGAUAAAUUUGCUCAUCACAUCCAGACAGACACACCUCAGAACAGUCUCAGCCAAAUGUCCACGACACUGAGUGCUUUGAAGCUGUCGCCUUUAGAAGUUGGUCAAAGCCAUUCCAAAGAGACAGAAGCAGUGAAUGAAGAGCAAUUACUUGCUGAAGAAGUGUUUCCGCCAUCACCUACUGAUCAUCAAAGUAUUUUAGUGUCCAUGUCCUCCCGAUGCGUAUGGAAGGGAACCGUGUGUGAGAGGCCCCAUAUUUUUCGUAUUGCAUACUAUGGAACCUUUGACAAACCCUUGGGUCGGUUUUUGCGGGACUGUUUACUUGAUCAGAGUUAUCAGUGCAACUUCUGUGAAAUGCCAUCAGAAGCACAUGUGCAUUGCUAUACUCAUCGGCAGGGAACCAUCACCAUAUCAGUUAAAAAACUGCCCGAAAUUUUCCUACAUGGGGAAAAGGAUGGAAAGAUCUGGAUGUGGCACAGAUGCCUGAAGUGUCCAAGAAUGAAUGGUUUUCCUCCCGCUACAAAUAGAAUAAUAAUGUCUGAUGCUGCUUGGGGAUUAUCAUUUGGGAAAUUUUUGGAACUCAGUUUCUCGAACCAUGCUGCAGCAAGCAGAGUGGCAGGCUGCGGUCACUCUUUACAUAGGGAUUGUCUUCGUUUUUAUGGAUUUGGGCAUAUGGUUGCUUGUUUUCGGUAUGUAUCAAUCGAAAUUCACUCGGUCUACCUUCCCCCAUACAAACUCAAGUUUGAUGAUGAAAAUCAAGAAUGGAUACAAAAGGAGUCAGAUGAGGUGGUUAACCGAGCGGAGCUUUUAUUUUCAGAGGUACAGAGUGCUCUUAGUCAGAUUGAAGACAAAAGAACUAGCUCAAUGCCAGUUAGUAGUGGACUUGUAACACCUGAAUCUGGGAGCCAAGUUGCGGAACUAGAGGCCAUGUUACGAAGGGAGAAAGAUGAAUUUGAGGAAGCACUUCAUAAGAUUUUAAACCAGGAAAAGAGAAAGGGCCGGCCUGGGGUUGACAUUCUGGAAAUUAAUCGGUCGCGGAGGCAGUUAUUUUUCCAAUCAUAUAUGUGGGACCACCGCCUUAUCCAUGUUGCCAGCUCAGCUAAUUUUACAAACGAGAGUGAUUUAAGCGGUUCAAUUUCAGAUGACAAGACGAGAACCACGGAUGAAAAAUUGAAAAGUGGGAUGUCCAUGCCAGGUUUCAGGAGUAGUGAUUGCAUUCUUAUGGAUCCGAAGCUUCUCGAAAGCCCUUAUCUGGUCAGAGGAGGACAUGGUAGCAAAAUUUCCCAAGGUGAUGAUAUAUUUGAUCAAGAAAUUGACUGGGACAAAGACACAGAACAUGAGAAAGAGGAUGAACCUGACUCUUCAAAUCUUGGGUUAGGCAUUCGCAGAUCUCUUUCUGAGGGGCAUUAUCAAUCCAUGUCUUACUGUUUGUCUGAUACCCUUGAUGCAAAAUGGACAGGUGAGGAUUCAGGGUUUGAAAUCCUAAAGGAUAACAAUUCUGUAAAUCUUGAUGAGUUUAUGGCAGAUUUGAGCACCGCUAUACAAAGAGACAUGUCAAAUCAAGGGAAUCAUGCAGAAGACAAGAAUGUUGUCAAGAAUAUGCCGAAAGGACAUGAUACUAUGGAAGACUCUUUAAGCUGGCUAGGAAUGCCGUUCAUAAACUUCUAUCGCUCAUUUAACAAGAACUCUCUAGCCAGUUCCCAGAAGUUUGAUACACUAGCAGACUACAAUCCUGUGUAUGUAUCUUCCUUAUCUUCCUUUCGGGAGAUGGAACUACAAGGCGAAGCAAGGCUGCUUCUUCCGAUUGGAGUUAAUGAGACUGUAAUACCACUGUUUGAUGAUGAGCCCUCGAGUAUCAUAUCGUAUGCACUAAUGUCACCAGAAUAUCAUGCACAGCUGAUUGAUGAAGGAGAAAGAACAAAAGAUGGAGUUGAAACAAUGCCUUCAUUGUAUUUGUCUGACUCGGGAAAUUUCCAGUCGUUCCUUUCUGCUAAUGAAACAACUUCUGAUUCUCAGAUAAGUUUUUUCUCAACAGAUGAUACGUUACCAUCCUUUUCUGCCUCACGUAGCACAUGGGUAGGAGAUCCACUGGUAUGUACAAAGGCCAUGCAUCCCAGAGUUUCCUUUGGAGAUGAUGGUCUCCAUAGUAAGGUCAAAUAUUCUGUGACUGUUUACUAUGCCAAGCUGUUUGAAGCCUUAAGAAGGACCUCUUGUCCUUCCGAACUUGACUAUGUACGGUCCUUGAGUCGCUGUAGAAAAUGGGGAGCUCAAGGUGGCAAGAGUAACGUAUUCUUUGCAAAAACCUUGGACGAUCGAUUUAUCAUCAAACAAGUCACCAAAACAGAGCUUGAAUCCUUUAUUAAAUUUGGUCCUGAUUACUUCAAGUACCUUUCUGAUUCAAUAUACCAGGUGGGAGGUCCAACAUGCUUGGCAAAGAUUCUAGGAAUAUACCAGGUUACAGUAAAGCAUCCUAAGGGGGGGAAAGAAUCAAGGAUAGAUGUCUUGGUUAUGGAGAAUCUUCUGUUUGGGAGGAAUGUGAAACGACUUUAUGAUCUCAAAGGAUCUUCCAGGUCUCGCUAUAAUUCGGACUCUACUGGGAGCAACAAAGUUCUGCUGGACCAGAACUUGAUUGAAUCAAUACCAACUUCUCCCAUUUUUGUGGGAAAUAAGGCAAAACGGUUGCUAGAGAGAGCUGUCUGGAAUGAUACUUCUUUUCUUGCUUCGGUCGGCGUAAUGGACUAUUCAUUACUUCUUGGGAUGGAUGAAGAGAAGCAUGAGUUGGUGAUUGGAAUCAUUGAUUACAUGAGGCAGUAUACAUGGGACAAGCAUUUGGAAACGUGGGUAAAAGCUGCUGGCAUCCUUGGAGGCCCCAAGAAUGCAGCUCCAACGGUAAUAUCACCCAAGCAAUACAAGAAAAGGUUCAGGAAAGCAAUGAGCAGUUAUUUUUACAUGCUUCCGGAUCAGUGGUCUCUUCCACCUAAAUCCCAGUCUGAUUUAUUUGAAGAGAACACACCGUCUACUUCAGUUGAAUAAUUCUU